AUGGUAACGUGGCUUUCUCGUCUCCGGGGGCUAUUCUCAAGCCCGCGGCCAGGCGCAGUCCCCAAGGGAGGCCUUUGGGUGGCCUCCCCGCCCUGCCGUCUCAGAGGGCACUCGCCUGCGAAGGCCCAGAGGAACCCCGGGCCCCCUGGGAAGCACCCACGGGGGCCGAGCCCCUGCGUGUACCGGCCUCACCACGUCGCCCUGGGCCACACCCCGUGCUCCCUGGGCAGCUGGAAGCACACAGGCAAGGAGCUCUGUGCUAGGCCCUUUGGGAAUCUCCACUCUUCUAGAGACCCAGGCUUCACUGUAAUUCAAAGGCUUGCUGUCGACUGGGGUUCAGAGAGCAGAGCCAGGGUGGCCCGGCCGUCACAGCCCUCGGGGCUGACCACCAAGGGAGGCCCCAGCUGUUCCAGCCCUGGCACCUGCCCACCCGAGGUCAAGAAUCCAGAGGGAGAGGGGACCCCGCAGCCCAAGAGGAGAAAUCCAGAGAGGAAGGGGACCCCGUGGCCCAAGAGGAGGAAAACCAGUGGGGCCCCUUUAAGACUCUCUGAUGCCAGAGGAGAGAAAAUGCAGAGCAAGCCCUUUGCCACUCCAACAGCUCAGCCUCGGGUCUUCACACAACACCGGCUCCUCCUGUCACGGGUACCCCGGAGCCCGCCCCUGAGAGCCGGCCCUCAGCAAAGCCUUCUGCAGACCCAUCACCUUGACCCUCACCUUCUCUCACCCGGAGCGGCCGGCCUGCCUUCCAGCCCGCCUGCAGCCGGGUGCCACCACGGGGCCCCCCCCGCGGCCUCCAGGGUCCUGGUGGAGAGACCUCGCCCUCGGCUUAGACGGCCCCAUUAGCCACAGGAGCUGCGUCAGUCGGGGCGCUUUGGGCCAUGAUGAUACCGGAUCCAGUUCCGAAAGGCUCACCCCGUGGAGAAGGUGUCGUGUUGGUGUUCCCUGCGAGGCGCAGAAGCGGGGCGGCUUCGUGGGCAGCCGAGGCAGCGGUCCAGCCGCGCCCCGGGGGACCUGGCACGAGGCGCCCCACUCCUUUUCUACCUCCCAGAGCAGCAACUUAAACCUCACACCGCCUUCCCUCAUGGCGCCCAAACGGCCGCAGUGGCUCCAGCUCCACUGGAAGGCAGGAUGGACCUCUCCUCCGGAGCUCCGGUUCUGGUUGUUUCUGUAGCACAAAUCACCCCAAAACCUAUGGACCAAAUCUUGUAUCUUGGUCCUGCCUCUGGUGACCUGGGCUCAGCGAGGACGUGUGCAUCCCUGCUGCACGUGGCACCAGCUGGAGCAGAUCCAGCGGGCGGGGAGCGGGGGGACAUCAUGCUUGACAAGUGGCUGCUGCUGCUGCUGGCUGGGAACUCAGCCCAGGGCCUCGGCUCCUCCUCUCAGAGAGCUGCUCGGGCCCCACGUACUGGAGGAUGAGUGUCGAGGUUGCAUCCAUGAGGCCCCGGGGAAGACUUGACUCUGCCCACCGUGUCUGGAGUCCCCCCAGAGAACGGAAGGAGAAGCUCAGGGUGCAGUCAGGGUGUCCCCUCCAGCCACGUUCACUGAGCACCUCCUGCACACCGGGGGGCCAUGCUGAGUGCUUGACACUCAUUCCAUCGAUUACUUCUCACCACAACUCAAUGGACUGGGGCUGUUAUUCUCCACCUAUUACAAAAACUAAGGUCUGUAACUUGCCUAAGGUCACAAAGCCAGAAGAGUCUAUACCACCACCACCCAGCCCAUAGCAAAGCUCAAGACGGGGUCUGUGGUUGAAGAGAGCAACUUGAACCUGGAAGCACAUAGCCUGGCUGCACGGGCAGCCCUUUAUGCAACCACGAGGUAACCCAAUUUGAGCAAGAAGCCGAUGCACAGAGGAGGGGAGAACCUUGAUCACACAUGGCCCGCCUUCCCUGGGACAAUUCAGCACAGGGCACGGCGAUCGACGGGUCCUCGCUCCGGGAAUAGCCUUCGGCCUGGCGCGGGCAGCCCCACUCCACGGCUGACUUUCCACGGGCACAUUCCCUCCCACCUGCCUGGCCUAUCAGGGAGCUUUGCCGCAGAAAGCCUCGCUGAGGAUGAUAAAAGGAAAAAAAAAAUGUGUGUUCUGAGAGUGUUUCUGAGAAAAGCAUGCCUGGCCAGCUCCUUCUGCAGCCUGCCUUCCUCCAGGGCGUGGGCGCCCAGGGCCUGGGGGGCGGAGACAGGGCACUUGCUCCAAGCUGCCCGCUGGGGGCCCGUCCUCAGGCUGGUCUCAGGGUGGUGGCCGCCCAUCAUUCCCACCUGCGAGGCUCUGGUGCCUGUGGUGACCUGGGUCUCUGUGUGGUCUGCUGCAGCUCAGCAGGUGUAGACGAGAAUAGUUUGAAAAUCUCACCUGACAGGGAGCCCACGCCCGUCGCUGAUGGACCUCGUGUCCUUUCUCGGCGACAGGAUGAUGCUUGACAUUUCCCUGCUGUCCUGAGGGCGAUGGGACCUUCCCUCAGAGGUGACCUGUGCUUCG